UUCCUGGGUAAUCUGAAAAUAAAACAUAUGGUUUCUAUUUUUCACUCGUAUAGACAAGUCGGACAGUAUUAUAUCCGACACUAACAUUUCCUUUAAAUUCUGGACGUCAUGUGUGCCAUUUAACAUCUGAAUUAAUCCUCUUGGAGCGCAAGAGACUGGCGGAUUUAAAUCUUUAAUUAGGCUGUGUGCCUAUGACCGGAAGCUAACUCGCCAGAGUGUUUUUUAGCCUGUGCUUCAUUGUUGACACGGAGAAUGUUGCUUAUCUGACAGGACCUUUCUAGGCAUCGCUGCGUGUUGAGGGCGGCGCCAUCUUGUGGCGUGUGAGAAGAAGCGCCAUUGGCUUUCAACCCGGAAGUAAAAGUGCGCAGGUCGUCAUGGGGAGCAAAGUGAGCACCAAAAUGGCUGCUCCCACCGCCAGAGUUAUUCAGGCUGUGCGGCCACAUGCGCCCAUGAUCAAAUUUCCGAGCAGACAAGGCAUCUCUAAGCCCAAUGACGAAGUAUUGAAAACAUUAUUAGUCAACACCCCACAACCCAACAAUCCCAGUUUGGUGUCGGCUUCAGCUCCGCCACAAAUAUCAAGUCGUGUAACUUUGCCGCCCAUCCCUGGCACACCUGACACCAUGGCAUCCAUUCAGCUACUCCCUGCAAGGUAUCGCCGGAGACCACUGGUGGUAGAAGAGAUGGAGUACAUUCAGCGUGGUGGACCUGAGUGAUGGGAUGCAUUUAAUUAACAAUAACUAAAGUCCUCAUCUAUGGAGGUCAUCAUCCUGAUGUAUUUUCCAUUCUUGGCACACACAAAAAAGAGACACAAUGUAGAAUAAAAUAUACUUUUGCUUGCA